AUGACACCUGUCAAAAUUGUCACUAAUCAAAGUUAUCACUGACUGCUUUUUUUUGUGUUGAGGCUGUGUUGAAAAGUUUAACACCUAUUUUUAAUAGGAGCAAUAUGAGUGACAUGGAACCAAUUAAUACUGAGAUCUCGACAGAUGCAAAAUUGCAAAGUAUGAACGCAUCGGAUAACGUCCUAAAACUAUGUGAAAGUGAUUCUAAAAAAAUGCAGCCCGAAAAGGAAGUGAAUGCUAAUAAAUUAAAACCUAUUGGAUCAUCAGAUGAACUUUAUGCGCUUUUGCAAAGACCACCUAAUAACGAGUCGCAAGUUAGUUUUGAAGAUGGAGAGUUAUUAGACCCUGUUUCGUCAGAUGAUUAUGAACCUUUGCAACGUCAAAACACUGAAUUCUCAAAAAAUAAUUUCUUAUCUGAUAGUGAGAAUUCAUCUCAUAGUGAGAAUUCAUCUGAUAGUGAGGAUUCAUCUGAUAAUUCAUUUGGCACUCUAAAACCUUUAAGAGUUGAACAAAAAGUUCAGAAGAAGCGUCCUAUUAUGGUACGUGUUAAUACGCCAAAUGAGACAGGCACAAAAUUUAAGAAAAAUAAUAUUUGGGUAGAAACAUUAGAAAAAGAAACCCUUAACGAAACAAUGCGAUCGAUAAACGUUUCUUCUGAUUUAUUUAACAAAAGAAGUGUUGAAAGUUAUCAAUAUCCAAGAAACCUGAAGCGAAAAGGUAGAUUUUCAAGAAAUGACUUUCAUUGUCAUCGUUUUAAUUCGAAACAGCGUCGUACUGCGAGCAAUAAAAAACAAGAUGACGCUUUCGAUUUUAGUCGUUUGAAAAAUAAGCCUCCACAUAAUAAAAAAAGGUAUAUACGUGAUCUGAAGGACGUAGAAGGGCGUGAUGUGGCCGAUAUAGCCAAAGAAAUGGCCAAAAACCUUCAUGAACGGAAAUCUCAUUUAAUAGAACGAAUUUUAACUAUAUUAGGUUUGGAGAUUCCUAUGGAUAUAUAUAAAAAAACACAGGCUAUAGAAGAAAAAGAUGGAAUGAUGAUUUUGAAUGGAAAACGUAGAAGAACAUCUGGAGGAGUAUACUUUUAUCUUGUCAAAGGCGACGAAAGAAUUUCAGAAAAGAUACGUGAUGAAAUAUUUGAAGUCGAUAAGCAAAGAAAUUCCAAAUGCACUGAAUCAAUGAAUAAUGAACCACGUGAUCGAAAAGUAGAAGAAUGUUUAGGAGACCACGAAAAUUUUCUUCAAGGUUCUGAUUUAAGUACAGAAAAUAAAAGUGGUGAUUUGUCCAAUCCACCUCCAUUACAGUUUGGUGAUGAUAAUAGUUCCAAUGUUGUACCUGAAGUAAACUUGAAAAGUUCUGUUCCUUCGCCGGUUACACAAAAUAAUGUUUCAACUGAACCAGAGUAUUUGGAUAAUAUUGACUUUAAUUACAAAAUGGAUUUGUCUUGAACAAAUAUACUGAAUAAUGAUAG